UUACACCCCACGAUGAUCUCUCUUGAUGGCGGCUGGAGACAAGUGGCUUGGAGAAUCACACAAACAGAGGCAUGACCGUGCAUACAAACCACAUUGUGACAAGAUGGGAUACGGCACUGCCGGGAUCAUGAAUUACUGUGCUGUUGAGUGAAGAAUUGUUACCACUAGACCAGUAACACCUCCAUCUCCUGCCCACUAACCAUGGGAAGUGCAGAGGAAAUGCACGGAUGGACAGUUAAAAUGAGCACGCCGAGCGUUUUGGCUGUGGUGACGGUCUUUUCUAUGAUUCCUGGCGGGGUGCUGAGCGAUAUGAGAGGUACUCAGGGUUUGGAAGCCCAACAAUUGGCCCAGGGGUCCACUCAUCUGCACCGUCGCCUGAAGAGAGGCUGGAUCUGGAAACAGAUGUUUGUCCCCGAGGAAGAUCCCACUCUUCGCGUUAUUGGCCAGAUCAAAUCUGAUUCUGACCGAGGCGAGUUUUCUAUCAAGUACAUAUUAUCAGGGGAAGGCGCCGGAGAUGUGUUUGAGAUAGAUGAGUAUUCUGGUGAAAUCCGGACGCUGAAGAAACUCGACCGUGAGGAAAAGGCCUUUUACGUCCUCCAGGCCCAGGCUAUCAACAGGAGGUCCAACGAACCCGAGGAGCCCCAGUCAGAGUUCAUCAUCAAGGUGCAGGACAUCAACGACAAUGUCCCCCAGUUCCAGAACGAACCGUAUGUGUCCAGCAUCCCCGAGAUGUGCCCAGUCGGGACCACAGUGGCCCAGGUGACAGCCACAGAUGCCGAUGAUCCCAUGUUCGGAAACAACGCCAAGCUCAUCUACUCCAUCCUGCAGGGGGAGCCCUACUUCUCCGUGGAGCCGAAGACAGGGAUUGUCGUAACGUCUUGGCCAAACAUGGACCGCGAGGCCAGGGAGCAGUACCUGGUGGUGGUGCAGGUGAAGGAUAUGCUGGGCCUCAGCGGCGGCUACUCCUCCUCCACCACGGUUACCGUCAGCCUGACUGAUGUCAAUGACAACGGACCCACGUUCCAACACCACCUGUACGCCUUCGCCGUCCCUGAGAAUGCAGCUGUGGGCACCACGGUGGGCCGGAUCAUGGCAGAAGAUGGAGACAUCGGCGUCAAUGCCAGGAUGACCUACAGUCUGAAUGAUGACCUGGAGGAGAGCUCCACUUUUAUCAUCAAAACAGACCCAGUGACGCAGGAGGGAGUGGUUCUGCUAGCCAAGCCUUUGGACUACGAGACAAAGAGACGUUUUGUUAUGGCUGCAGAGGCUGUUAACGAUCACGUGGACACUCGUUUUCUGACUUUGGAGGAUUUCAGGGACAGGACGACGCUCAAGAUCGUUGUGGAGGAUGUGGACGAGCCGCCUGUCUUCCUCUCACCCGUCUACGAGUGGAAAGUUCCUGAAAAUGCGGCGGCGGGAACCGCGGUUGGCAGUGUUAGUGCCAGAGACACUGACACAGUCAACAAUCCCAUCAGAUAUUCAAUUGACAAAAGGAGCGAUGCCACAAGAGCUUUCAAAAUAGACCCAAACAAUGGGACUAUAACUGUCGCUACAGCUUUGGACCGAGAGACUUCAAACUGGCACAAUCUGACUGUUGAAGCCAAGGAAAUAACGCAGAACCAUUUAUCCUCCUCUGUGGUGGUGUUCAUCAAAGUGCUGGACAUAAACGACAAUGUGCCAAGGCUUGCAAGAGAUUACCAGCCAUAUAUCUGUGAGGGGACACAGGCGGGAGAACUCAUUCAGCUGCUCAGUGCUUUUGAUCCAGACGACCCCGUGGAAGGACACCACUUCUACUUCACUAUGGUCCCUGAGAAGCAUAUCAAUCCAAACUUCACUAUCAGAGAUAAUCAAGACAAUACAGCCAGCAUCGUGGCACGCAGGAGUACUUUCACCCGCAAGGAUCGAACCCAGUAUCUCCUGCCGGUGGUGGUGACGGACAGCGGCUCUCCAGCCCUCUCCAGCACCAGCACUCUGACCGUCAGCGUGUGCAGCUGCCAGCCUGCCGGCCACUGUCCCGCGGGAGGGGUGGAAGCCCUCGCUCUGUCUAUGGGGGUCAGCCUGCAGACAUUGUUAGGGCUUCUGGUCUGCGUGGUCACACUCACAGUGAUGUCAGUUCUAAUGCUGAUGGUGAGAAGACACAGGCGGAAACAGCAGGAGGGGCACGAGGUGGAGGUGAAGGAGUUGGAGCUGCCUGAGACGGUGUCUCAGAAGGUGCUGUAUUAUGGAGAACCAGGGGGUGGAGGAGCAGACCUCGACUUCUGCCAAGCCGUCGUUCCGCUGCGCCGCCACCCCCACAGGAGGAGGGAGAAGAGGCUGCGGAGGGAGGACGUCAGGGCCAGCAUACGGAUGUCCCUCCGAGAGUCGCACCUCAUUGGGCCGGAGGACGAGGUCUUCAGGCAGUUUAUUCUGGACAGGCUGGCAGAGGCUGAUCAGGAUCCUUGCGUUCCCCCGUUUGACUGCCUCAGGAUUUAUGCAUAUGAGGGGUCAGGGUCUCCCACAGGGUCCCUGAGCUCAUUGGAGUCUUCUACUUCUGAGAUUGUGCCUGAGCAACCUGUUUGUAAUCCCAGACCCUUAGUGAGACUCAGCCCUUGGUAUGGGGGAGGAGAGGAGGACACCAUCUUCUGAUCUUUGCAGGGCAGCAGGAUUAGUUUGAGAUUCCGUGAAACAUGUUUAUUCGCAUUGUUGCUUAGAGUUGUACAACAAGCUCGAGACGGCUCUUAUGUGCUAACACAGCUUAGCUCUGUCUUUAGAGGUCUGGGUGAGUGUUCACUGAGUAAAUGUAUUUCCCGAAAUGUCAAACUUUAAACAUAAAAUCAAACCUUAUGUGAGAACAGCUAUUGUUGGCAUGUUUAUUCUGCAUGUAACUGUUCAAACACAGAUUACAUCACUUAGAGCUACAAUGCAGUUUAAGUAUGUCAGACUUUAUGCUUUAAGAUCAAGAGUGUUUCUCCCUCCACCCACCGCAACAAUCAAAUACCAUUUCUACAUGCACAAGGCAGUCUUCACCAGUAUUAGAGAACCAUUGGUCAUUUUUACAAACUCUAAAAAUGACCAGUGUUUAUGCUUUCCUGACAAGUGACCUUUUUUGUGGUUGUGCAAAUAAUAACUGCCGUCUGUAAGUGGGAGUAGCGUCAUGUAGUUAUACUGCUUAAAAAAAAAGAAGUGCAAGGUGCAAGGUUGGGAGUACAAAGCAUGUGACCUAAGCUCUGAAGACUGCAGCCUGCAUCCUUUCUCCUUUCUCCUUAAGUAACUAGAACGGCACUCAGCAGAAUGUAUACCUCCGCCAAGGCCAAACAAUCCUACGCAUAUCUCCAAGAUCUGUUCCAAAGUCAACAAAAACCAACAAUGUCAUACACCUCAACACCAUAAAUAUGAUACAUUAUUUCCUGAGGAGUGGUCAGGCAUCCCUGGAUGAGCCCCUUUAACCAGAUCUGCAUCUAAAUUUAAUGGGUUGUUCCUCUGCUCACGCCCCAUCCCUCCACCAAGUUUGGUGCAAUGGUGAAUAACAUAUAAUCAGCAAAAUUAGCUGGUCACAUGGGUCGAUUUUUAAAGGGGCUAUAUUUGUACAUUUUCUCUGCUGCUGAACAUAAUUUCUUGCCAGGAGCGGGUAGAGGUGACUUUACAAAUACAAGUGGUUAUAAUACUCCCACUGAGCAGCGCUAUGUGUUUGCAGAUCUGAGGCUACAGUGGGUCAACACAAGCCACAACACAAAUGCAAAAGCCACAACACAAAUGCAAAAAGACGAACCUCUGCUCACUUACGCUGUGGCUAAAUUUGCAUUUGUGUUGUUGCUUUUUUACGGUCGUGUUUUGGCUUUUGCAUUUGAGUUGUGGCUUUUUUAUUCGUGUUGUUGCUUUUGCAUUUGUGUUGUGGCUUCUGUAUUGUGUUGACCCAUCUGGGCCACCGUAGAGGAGACACAAACACACACACAACGUUGGUGUUGCUUUCCACCUCUGGAAACAGCUCUUGGUGAGUAAAAGGAAUAAAGUUUGAUGCUGAAGUCAGACAACAUUUCAGCAACGUAAACAGCUGUUAACGCUAGCAUUGGCUACGUAGCAAUAGCAAAACUUACAAAUAGCACCUUUAAGACAUUGACAAACAACCUGUUAUGUUGUUUGGGCACUUGUUGCACGUACAGCAGCAUCAAUCAACCACAAUGUUAUCACAGCCACGAGACAGGUUACGUAGGUUGCGUACAAAAUGAUGAACUAUUGCUUUGUUGUAUUUACAAAAAGCUCUUAUGUUUAUGCUGUUUGCUUUGUUCCAGCCACACUGAGUCUUAGUCACUGGUGUGUGAACAGGCGCGCGUACGCACUCUUGUUGAGGUCACAGUUAAAAUCAUUUUGGCAGAUGCUUGAAAAUUACUAACUGAAGCUACAGGGUUGAAUUGAUGUAAUGAACCAAAACGCUAAAUUACACCAUCAAAAAUAGAGAUGAGUUUGUGUGAACAAGGGGAUUUAUGCUUUAAUGAUUGCAGUUAUUACAGUGUGAUGAAACUAUACUCACUGUAUAAAACCGACAGUAUUACUGACCUGUGAAUCUUUACUUUCAGAUAUUAUUUGUAAUAU